AAUAGUAAACCCAAGAUUGUGAAAAGAGUGUAAUGGAUCCAGAUUGGGGAAGUUCGACUAAAGCUGUACCCAGGAAGGUGAAAUUUGCACCAAAAGUCCCUUCCCAGAGGAGAAAGAAACCUGUCCUGCCUAAAGUUGAAAAGGUUGAAGAGGUUGAAGAUGAUAUCAAGGCCGAGGAACUUAUGCGUCGCUACAAUGAAUCAUCAAUGAAUAGAAAGACGAAAGCCGAAAGAAAAGUUGCUCCUGUUCAAGUUGCAUUCGGUUUCGGAGGAUCAUCUAAUGCCCUCAGGUCGUAUGGUGCACACAAGGGUAUCAAGAAGAAUCUGGGCUCUUCUAAUGAUGGUACUGCUAUAAACGUGGAGAAAGAAUAUAAAGAACCAUGGGAUUAUUACACCUACUACCCUGUAACAGUUCCCCUGAGACGGCCCUAUUCAGGAAAUCCAGAACUUCUUGAUGAAGGAGAAUUUGAAAAAGAACCGGAUUAUGAUGAAAACGCGACAAACGAUGCAGCAGAGCUUGGUCUAGUGGAAGAGAAUGCGGAGAAUAAUAUGUUCCUACUUAAGUUUCCAGAAAACCUGCCCAUGGUAAAGCAACCGGAUAGAGCAGAGGCACGAGAACCAGGGAAUAUUCCAAAAAACACACAAAAGGGUGCUGGAAAACCACAAAAGACAUGUAAUUUGGAGGAGUUGCCAGCUGGCUUCAUGGGCAAAAUGUUGGUGUACAAAAGUGGUGCUGUGAAGUUGAAGCUUGGUGAUACAUUAUACGAUGUGUCUGCAGGUUUGGAUUGUGUGUUCGCUCAAGAAGUGGUUGCGGUUAAUGCAGAAGAGAAAAAGUGUUGCAGUGUGGGAGAACUCCACAAACGCGCUUCUGUAACUCCGGAUAUAGACAGCGUGUUGAAGGCUAUGUCUGAUUUAUAGAUUCUUUUGUUCGUUGGGUUUGCAGAAUUUUGCUUGUAUACGCAUGUUUUGAAAUCGUUGAUCAUAUUGAUUUA